UGUUAACAUAUAGAUAUAACCAUAUUUUAUGUAUAUUUGAAAAUAAAGACAUUUAUAUAAUUAUCCAAAAUUGAAGUCAUUUUAAUAAACUUAUGUAAUUUUUUUUUGCAAAUUUUUGUAAAUCAAAAUGUCUUCAGUUGAAAAUCAAACAAAUAAUAAUUUUUCUACUAAAACAUCAACACCAGUAGGAAAAAAUAUUGAAAAUGUACAGCAACAAAAUGAAAUUGAUCCAGAUGAUCCUUGUUUAAAAAAGGAAGAAGAAGUUAAAAAAGAACCAAAAAUAUUUAAAGCCACAGUUGGUUUAGAUCCUAGAUUCCAACAGCAAAAUCAAACAUUGAGAUGUUUUGUGAGUUACGUGGAUUUUUUUCGAUGUGAAAAAAUUCUUGGAGAAGGUCACGAAGCCUGUGAAUGGUUUAAGGAAUCUUACAAUACAUUUUGUCCUUUAAAAUGGAUUGAAGAUUUUGAUGAAGCAAGAAAAGAAGGACGAUUUCCAUGGCAUAGAAGAGAUCAAGGAAAAUUUCCAGGCUAUAAAUAUGGCUAAUAAUAAUUUUCAAUUGAAAACAACUAAUUGAAAAAUUUAUAAUUAAAUUGAUUAAUGAGAAAAAUUAUAAAAUUUGUAUAUGAAUAACAUGUAAAUAAUAAUAAAUGAUUAAGAAUAUAAUUAUCUUUAUUACACAAACUCAA